AGCUUUCCAUAUAGUAAGUAGCAAGCCUAAGCCUUGUUAGCCUCUUUCAGCUGUCAAGCAUGACUCCUGCCAAUGCUGCUGGUGUUAUUACUGGGGAAUACUCGGAAGAAAAGUUCAUGGCCAAACAGAAAAGCAAAAUCAUGAAGAUAACAAUCGAGAAAAGGCGCCGAGAUCGGAUAAACAGCAGCAUCAACCAGCUAAAGACUCUACUGGGAAGAGAGUUUCAAACGGAAGAACCGAACAUGAAACUGGAGAAAGCCGACAUUCUGAAAAUGACAGUGAAUUACCUGAAGUAUCACAACGAACAGCUCAGAGCAAGCUGUCCGACUGGUAACCCGGAGCGAGACUAUAACGAAGGAUACUCCCGGUGUUUGCAGGAGGCGCUUCGAUUUUUCUCGACCCACGAAGGCAAAAGCGACAUUCAGAAGAAGCUGGUGACACGCUUCCAAAGGAUACAGCCACGGUGCCCGGCCAAAGGUCUACUUUACGGUGUAUAUCUUCCUUACACGGCUUCUUGUCAGACUGGCACUGAGCAAACACCCCAGUCCAACCCCGCGGCUCUCUGGAGACCCUGGUAAAUCUUGAACCAGGAGCCGCACACGUUUAAGACUCUUGUUUACUGGGCGAUGGUGAACGCGUUGUAGGAGAAUCGUUCUCCAGAGUCAGGUAUAACUAUUUCGUGAUAAGACUGGAUAUGUUGUAAGCUUUUCUUCAUAUUGAAGACGGUGUAUUUCCCUGAACUAGGGAACUUGUCCUUUUGUAACCUCUGUCCUGUCUUUAUGUUAUUCGUGGAAUUUCCAGAUAUUUUAUUGCAAUCGUUUUCGACAAAUUGAUUAUAAUAUGUAGCUGGCGUAGGAGGAAUGUUUCUCCGCUUUAUAUCCGCAGAUCCCAGACCGGGAUAAUCUUAUUUAUUCUUCAUGGUGAAGAGAUGCUGCAAAGUUUGGGGUUAAUUGUCUGUGGAGUAACGGGCGGCUCUGAACAGAUGUUUGUUGUUUGAUUGCUUAUGAAUUAAAAUAUCUGGAUAGAUUAUUCCUGAAUGUCUUUUCUCUGUCACGCAUUGCAAACCUUUCCAUUCGUUCAUCUAGUCCACGGUGAUUUUCUACCCCGAAAAUCUACUUUCUUUGCCUGAUCACCAGUACAAAGUCUUAUCUCUUUUGGAGAAAACCGGGAUCAUUGCACUGCUGAUCUGACAAUUUUGGCUUGAUAAUCUUCUGCAAAAUUUCCAUCUCCACUGUCAUUUCCCCAACGUAAGCUGCUAUUAAACAGUACCUAUUACCCUAUUUGCUCUCCUCUCGCUAUCACUGGUGUUUCAUAAUUGUCUAUUUCUGAACCCUGUUAUUCGUUAUUAUCUUCAGUGACUUCUACAUUGAUGAGGUUGGUUCCCACGUGGAGGCAAUGCCGCCUGCUGUGGUUCUGCACUACGAACAUUCAUAUUGUUUGUAUAUUACCAGACCAUAUAUCACUGCUGGGCUCUGAGUGAAUACUAACUUCUAACAGAGUAACGAUGACAAAGCUGUAAUCAUCUACUGCAGAUGUUACCAGCACUGGGGUGUCUCUGGUACUUCACUGGGGACAGUUCAGGCCAGUCAACCAUGUCAGUACCCUCGGCACUCAGCUCGGUGUUCAUCUCAGCUUUUAUUACUACCUUGUUCAAUAAAACAUCGUUUCCUUACAUCCUUGUAUUACCGCUUUUCCUCUUCAUUCUUCCCUUCGAACAAUCAUGUGUUGUUUGUUUGGGUGACUCGGUAAAUGAUUAUGUAAAUGUUUAUUUUCCUUUAUGUAAAGAGAGAUAAAUCUUAUUUUUGUAAUUUGUUCUUCACAUAUUGUUGGCACUCCAUUGAAUUGUAUAUUGUCAAAAUAAAUACCCGAUUGAAUGUACAGGAA